CUUAUGUCUGAAGAUUAUCAUCAAUGUCAUGACUCAACCCAUUGUAACUACUUAUUCAGACCACAUUGUGAGAGGAAGUCCCUCAAGUCUCAACAACAUCUUUCACUAUAACAUAGUUUUGCUCCUGAGGAGUUAACGAAAAAUGGAGACAGAACUUAGGAGCAGAGCAGAACUUGCUCUACCGAGCCCAGAAGGGCCCUCCAGUGUGUCUGAAAUCCAACUCUCAGAAGUCUCCCUUCGAGGUAAAACUCUACUGCAGAAGUCUACUUCCCGCCCACCACGACAGACAUGGUUAACAUUUUUGAAGAAAGAGCUGGAAUUCCUGGGGGUAAUGCAAAUUCUGAUUGGUUUCAUAUGCCUUUAUUUUGGAACAGCGAUCUACUUUGCCUUCGACAUUUCGGAAUUUGAAGGAGAUGUUUUUUCAUCAUUUAAAACAGGCUACCCAUUUUGGGGAGCAUUGUUUUUUGCUGUUUCUGGAUUUUUGACAAUUCUAUCUGAAGAGAAAAAUAAAAUAUAUCUGGCAAGAGGAAGAUUGGGAGCAAACACUGUGAGCAUUAUCAUUGCGGGGACAGGGGUCAUCAUCCUCAUCUUCAACCUAAAGAGGAGCUCAGCCUUCAGUGAAUAUUGUAAGAACAUUUAUGAAGUUGAGAACUGCUUCGUGGCUUCUUUCUCCACAGAAAUUGUGGUAAUGAUGCUGUUUCUCACCAUUUUGGGGUUUUGCAGUGCUGUGGCACUCAUAGUGCAUGGUGUUGGAGAAGAACUCAAGAGAAAAAAGGUUCCAGAUGAACGCCUUUAUGAAGAAUUAAAAAUUUAUUCACCGAUUUACAGUGAGUUGGAAGUCAAAGAGGAAAUAUCUACUCCCACUGAUUCAUAAAAAUCGAGGGUCAAGAACAUUCUGAUUCAGAAUAAAGAUCCAGAGAGCUACUACUUAAGGGGCUACUGGGAAAAUUUCUGUUGUUUCCACACCUGCUAAUUUUGCAUUACAUUUUUUCUCCAGAUGGCAAUGUUUUGUUUUUGUUGUCUCUGUUUACCUAAACAUACCCUUUUCUCCAUUUAUAGAUAUGAUAAACCCUACUUUGUUUUAUUUUACAAUUCCAUACCCAUCUCUUAUGAGAAGUUGACAUGUAAUAAACAAACUUUCCCUGUGUGUCUGUAACUGUGCAAAUAGAGCAAGACUGGCUGAGAGUUGAGUUAAACUUUGAUAGUAUGAUAUUUGUUAGUUAUUUUUGGAUUUUGAAAUAGCUACAGGUACACAUAAUAUACAUUCAUUCAUCCAUACCUGCGUGUCCACACCAAAAUGCAUACAUAUAACACUCACACACAGACAUGUAUGAUUUUCUAUAUGCAAAUAUUUUAUACCCUAUUGAUGAUAAUACAUUUUGUUUGCAAAUAAAACAUAAUGUUUACAGAUUGAUAA